AUGGUGUUUCUCACAAAACGUCAUAACUCCCUAUCACCCAUAAGCUACUGGGAAUGUGGAAAUCUUCAACCGGGAGAUAAGAGUAUCUUGUCGAAAAUUGUGAAUGCUAAUCAGACGGAUUGGUCCAAGAAGCUUGAUGAUGCAUUAUGGGUUUAUCAGACGACUUACAAAACACCUAUCGAAAUGUCUCCAUACCGAUUAGUGUUCGAGAAAGCUUAUCAUCUUCCGGCGGAACAAGGUCACCAGGCAAUGUGCGCUCUAAAGAAGUUGAAUCUUGAUUGGGAUGUAGCCGCUAGCUUGAGGAUUGCACAUUUGAAUGAAUUGGAUAUGUUCUGGAGUCUUCUAGACAUUGAUGAGUCUCAACAACUGGAUGCAGACAGCUACUGCAAAGUUGUCUGA